GUGGAAGUUACACCAGGUCGUUGAAUCAGGCUGAACUUGAAUGGAACGAGAGACAGCAUAGAUCUCAUUGCCAUUUAAUUUCAUACCUGCCUGUACAAGUGCCCUGUAGAUCACGGAUUCCGUCCUCCUCUUAUUGUCACCGUCAUAAACAAAAUGCUGCGUUUACCUACUUUGAUGAAACAAGCCCGACCAGUGUGCAGGGCGUUAGCCCCCCACCUGACUCGUGCCUACGCCAAAGAUGUCAAAUUCGGGGCUGAUGCACGCGCCCUUAUGCUUAAAGGGGUUGACCUGCUCGCGGACGCUGUUGCAGUUACCAUGGGACCCAAGGGUCGCACAGUCAUCAUUGAGCAGAGCUGGGGAAGUCCCAAGGUCACCAAGGACGGUGUGACAGUGGCCAAGAGCAUUGACCUUAAGGACAAAUACCAAAACAUUGGUGCCAAGCUGGUACAGGAUGUGGCAAACAACACCAAUGAGGAGGCUGGAGAUGGCACAACCACUGCCACAGUUCUGGCCCGUGCCAUCGCCAAAGAGGGCUUUGACACAAUCAGCAAGGGUGCCAAUCCCGUGGAAAUCCGCCGCGGAGUGAUGUUUGCGGUGGAAACGGUCAUCGCCGAGCUGAAGAAGCUGUCAAAGCCAGUCACCACACCGGAAGAGAUCGCUCAGGUUGCAACCAUAUCAGCCAAUGGAGACAGCGAGAUUGGAAACAUCAUCUCCAACGCCAUGAAGAAAGUGGGUCGUAAUGGUGUCAUCACAGUGAAGGAUGGAAAGACGCUACACGACGAGCUGGAGGUCAUCGAGGGCAUGAAGUUCGACCGCGGCUACAUCUCCCCAUACUUCAUUAACACUCCCAAAGGUCAGAAGGUUGAGUUCCAGGAUGCCUUCCUGCUUCUCAGUGAGAAGAAGAUCUCCAGUGUGCAGAGCAUAGUGCCCGCUCUGGAGAUCGCCAACCAGCAGCGCAAACCCCUUGUCAUCAUCGCUGAGGACGUCGACGGAGAAGCACUCAGCACCCUCGUCCUUAAUCGACUGAAGGUUGGCCUCCAGGUUGUGGCCGUGAAGGCACCUGGAUUUGGAGACAACAGGAAGAACCAGCUGAGGGACAUGGCUGUCGCCUCUGGAGGCACAGUGUUUGGGGAUGAGUUGGUGGGCUUGGCUCUGGAGGACGUCCAGGCUCACGACUUCGGUAAGGCGGGCGAGGUGCAAAUCACCAAGGACGACACGUUGAUCCUGAGGGGCCGCGGUGACCCCGCAGCCAUCGAGAAACGCAUCACAGAGAUCGCAGAGCAGCUGGACAACACCACCAGCGAUUACGAGAAAGAGAAGCUGAACGAGCGGCUGGCCAAGCUCUCGGAUGGCGUGGCUGUGCUGAAGAUUGGUGGAACUAGUGAUGUGGAGGUCAAUGAGAAGAAGGACCGUGUGACGGACGCCCUGAAUGCCACUCGUGCGGCGGUGGAGGAGGGCAUCGUGCCCGGCGGUGGCUGUGCCCUGCUGCGCUGCAUCCCUGCUCUGGACGCCCUUGUGCCCGUUAACGCUGACCAGAAGAUCGGCAUUGACAUCAUCCGUCGUUCCCUCCGCGUGCCGGCCAUGACGAUAGCGAAGAACGCUGGGGUGGAGGGCGCUCUGGUGGUGGAGAAGAUCCUGCAGCUGGACGGCAUGAUGGGCUACGACGCCAUGCAGGGCGAGUACGUCAACAUGGUGGAGAAGGGCAUCAUCGACCCCACCAAGGUUGUGAGAACAGCGCUGCUUGAUGCUGCAGGUGUGGCCUCUCUCCUCUCCACUUGCGAGGCAGUAGUCGUGGAGAUCCCCAAGGAUGAGAAGGAGGGCGGCAUGCCAGGUGGUAUGGGCGGAAUGGGAGGAAUGGGCGGCAUGGGAGGUAUGGGUGGAGGCAUGUUCUAAACCGCCCUCCUGCCAGAUACGCCAUUUAAGCCCUCCAUGAGAGACCUGGUGCUGGAGCCAGGUGAAAGCGCUCUCUAUCGCCCUCUUUGGACAGGGUUUGCGAUUACAUCAGUAAGAAGAAACUGCACAUCAACACUACUCACCGCAUCAGGCAUGUUACAUCUAACCCCCUCCAUAACAAACUGCCUUUGAAGGACACUUUCAGUGGGAAACAAUUAAGCUGUGCUUCUUUCCCAACGCUACACAAAGCUGGGAUGCAACAUAAUGUUAUUCAUUUGUUGUCUGGUUAAAAAGCUCAUGCCUGAACCAGUGAAGAAUGAAUGAUUGAAUCAUGUGAACUGUGAACUUGUUACUGUUUCCUUUGGGGUUAUGUUGAUGUGUGCAGGAAAUCCUGUUCCUUGUUUUACAUGAGUCGCCUGAUUUAGUUUUCUUUUUUUCUUUUGUUAAAAUAAUUGUCUCAUGCUGGGAUGGUUUUGCUCUUUGCCUGUGCAAUUCGCCUUUGAUUCUGACAGAGAAGAGGGCUUUGCUCCCUCGCUGCCUCGUAGGUCUUUUUCACCACCACCACCACCAUAUACAGAACCUCAUGAAGUUCUUCUCCAAUGUUUCUUCUGAAUGUUGUCAUGUUUCCAUAAUCUGUUGUACACAAGAUUGGUUUGUGUGUCAUUUUUCAGAUGUAUUCAAUAACAGGAAACCAAGAUAGGCUGACUUUGAUUCUGAAUUACUGAGGAUGUUAUGACGACCUUGUUUUGCAUCCAAGAGAGAUCUCGUUUAAAGAGUGUGAAUGGCCAGUAGAUGGCGCUGUAACAAAUUUCCAGUUCACAACUAUAUGUAAACAGAUGGUACACAUUCUAGCAAAUAAUGUUAAUUAUAGUCCGUUUAUAAUUCUCUGAAGCUGUAUUUUCAAUUUCACCAAAAAUAUGUUGGUACACAGUUUGUGGUUCUUUUUGUCGAUGCCCUCUGCUAAAGUGUCAAAUCAAAUAAGUUGAAAUGUUGAGUGACCUGAAUUGCCCUUGGUCUUGAGAAUAAAGUGUCCGAUCAAGACCGGGUUUACAGUGUGGAUGUGCAGAGCCCUGAGUGAAUGGUACUACUGUACUUAACUGAUCAUCAGAGCUUAAGGGAGAACAGAGAGGAGGUUUGUUGUUUGUUUUUUUCCCUUAUGUGCUUUUCCAUAUCUUACUGUGCUUCUCUAAAUGUCUGGGUGAUUGCUUGAUGGCAAAAACUAAAAAUCUCAGCAAAGAUGUAUGAGUAUUGAAUGUUUUAUUUGUUUUUGUACAAUAUAGUGAAAUGAAAAUACUUUAUAAUAAAAUCAGACAUCUAAACCGAAA